UUGGUGUGUAUGGUGUGCAGCGAUACAUUGGAAAUGUUAGAUUCCUAUAAAUUCUUUUGAUGAAAUCUUCUUGAACAUUUUCUAUGGCAUACAUUCGAAUUUUGGGUAGUGUCGUAGCUUUGGGCUGUGGAUAUCAAUAUUACAGACACUGUUUGGAUGAGAAGGAUCAAAUGGCGGUGGUGCAGGCAGCUGAAAUGGCAGGAAGGGUGGGGCAAACACAUGUACCAUUGCCUAAAAGAUUCGAAAAUAUCAAAAAAUUGAAAAGCACAAAAGAGUUUGAUGUUCUUGUGAUUGGUGGUGGGGCAACAGGUAGUGGAGUUGCAUUAGAUGCUGUAACAAGAGGUUUAACUACAGUCAUUGUCGAGAGAGAUGAUUUUUCUGCAGGAACUAGCAGUAGAAGCACAAAACUAAUACAUGGUGGUGUAAGAUAUUUACAGAAAGCUAUUACAGGCUUGGACAGAGAGCAGUACAAAUUAGUAAAGGAAGCCCUUCAUGAACGAGCAAACUUACUGGCCAUCGCUCCUCAUCUUUCUUCACCGCUCCCAAUAAUGUUACCUGUCUACAAGUGGUGGCAAUUGCCAUAUUUUUGGGCCGGCAUCAAAAUGUAUGACUUGGUAUCUGGAAGACAGGUGGUCAAAAGUAGCUAUUUAGUUGGAAAAGAGAAGGCCUUGGAGCUUUUCCCUAUGUUGAAAAAAGAUAAACUCUGUGGUGCUAUUAUUUAUUAUGAUGGCCAGCAUAAUGAUGCCCGCAUGAAUCUAGAAAUAGCCUUAACUGCUGUUCGACAUGGAGCAACAGCUGUCAAUCAUACAGAGGUGUUGUCUCUUCUGAAGAAAAGUAUUGUAACAGAUGCUCAUGGCGCUAAGGAGGUGGUAUGUGGUGUGCAUGUUAGAGAUACUCUUAGCAAUGAGGAAUAUGACAUACAUGCCAAGUGUGUAGUUAAUGCAACAGGACCAUUCACCGACAGUGUAAGAACAAUGGAUAAGCCUGAUAUACCAAAGAUCAGUCAAGCUAGCUCUGGUAUCCAUCUUGUCUUACCAUCAUAUUAUAGUCCAAAGAACAUGGGUCUAUUGGAUCCAGCUACCAGUGAUGGCAGAGUGAUAUUCUUCUUACCAUGGGAGGGAAGGACAAUUGCAGGAACCACAGAUACACCAAGCAAUGUUAGUUUUGAGCCAGAAGCCCAAGAAGUUGAGAUCCAGUUUGUACUCAGUGAAAUCAAACACUACUUGGGUGAUGAAGUUAAUGUUCGCCGCGGAGAUGUGUUGGCAGCUUGGAGCGGUAUUCGUCCACUUGUCCGUGAUCCAAAAUCCAAAAGCACUGCCUCUAUUGCACGUAAUCAUGUGAUUGACAUCAGUGAGAGUAACCUAGUGACCAUUGCUGGUGGUAAAUGGACUACAUAUAGGUCAAUGGCUCAAGACACUGUGGAUGCAUGCAUCAAAACUUGUAAACUAGAACCUGUCCGAGAUUGUCAAACAGAUGGUCUGCUUUUAGAGGGAGGGCAAGGCUUCACGCCUAAUUUUCAUAUUAGAUUGAUACAAGAUUUUGGAUUGGAGGAAGAGGUUGCAAUCAACCUUGCGCAUAACUACGGGAACAAAGCACCACAAGUGGCACUUUUGGCAAGUCUCACAGGAAAACGGUGGCCAGUAGUUGGACAAAGACUCAUUCCAGAAUUUCCUUACAUUGAAGCUGAGGUGCGCUACGCCGUCAGAGAGUACGCAUGUACUGCUAUUGAUGUUUUGGCAAGACGAAUAAGAAUAGCUUUUUUGGAUGUCCGUGCUGCAAAAGAUGCAGCUACACGAAUAGUAGAGAUCAUGGCCGAAGAGUUAAAUUGGGAUAAGGAAAGACAACAGAAAGAGCUUCACGAGACAUACAGGUUUUUGGGCCAUAUGGGACUGACAGUCCAUAACAAGGUUGGCAAGCAAGAUGUCAAUGUAACUGAUAAAGAAACAGACCAAUACAAGGAAAUAUUUAAACACUUUGAUAUUGAUAACAGCGGUAGCAUUUCCUUUUCAAAUCUGAGAAAGAUUUUACACGAUACAGGAGAAGCCAUUUCUGAUGACCAGUUGCGCGAACUUAUCCAUGAAGUUUCAACCAAGACUCAAAACUCUAUAGAGCUGGACGAAUUCCUGCAGGUAAUGACUGCUCACAGAAAAGGGAUAAUUACUCACAAUCGCUUUGCAGCAAUAAUUGAUCGCCACUUUGAACAUUUGAGACAAAAGGGUUCAGUGGUAGAUGGCAAGGGUGUGUAAUACAAAUGAUAAAUAAAACAUUUAGAACGCCUAGUAAAAAACCGUUGAUUUUCAUUUCAA